AUGGACGAUAGCGCCUCUGGUCGUCUCCGGGCGCUCCUGCCAGGUCCAACUCGUGAUGGUCCCUCAGGAUUGCGUCCUCCUGCCAAACUUAACAUCCCCAAGCGGACGUCAGUCAAGACCGCCUGCCAAGCCUGUAGACAGCGCAAAGCUAAGUGCAACGGCCAAAGACCGAGCUGCUCUGCCUGCAUCGUCGGCGGGCGUGACUGUCAAUAUGCUAGUCACCCCUUGGAGGCCGAGGCUGCAGCCCUAAAGCGGAAGCACGAUAAGCUGCAGGCGCGUAUCGAUCAGCAUGAGAGUCUUUAUUCAUCGCUCAAGACGCGAGAGCUUCACGAGGCGGAUGAGAUUUUGCGGAGGAUACGCGCUGGACAGGACGUCGAGGCUGUCACUGACGACAUUCAAGGAGAAGAGCUGACAAAGCAGAAUAACACAACCGCCCAACAGAAAAAGAGCCCUCUUGUACGGAAUGACAGCGCCAACACCUCAAACAGCACCAAUACCUCAAACAGCGCCACUACCUCUGGCAGCGCCAGCUCGCCGACUUUCUCUGCACCGCGCAUGAGCUUUUCGCAGAUCCCACAAGCUAGACUCACUGCUCCCAACGAUCACCCUGAACAUGUCUUUGAGAAGGCAUGGCAAGGCUCCCAGCGACCCUCUGAGGAUUCGGUAUUUGUGGACCUUUCUGGAUUUACUCUCCCGCUUUCAAGAUGGACAAACGUGCAUCGUGACAACAAGCUUCUUAGCCACCUCCUGUUGCUGUUCUGGGCGUGGGAUACAACUUGUAAUCGGGUCAUCGACCGAACUCUUUUCGAAAAAGACUUACGAAACCUCGACCCUUCUGCCCCGAGUGCACUUUCAGAACUUCGCUUCUGCUCGCCAUUCCUCGUCAAUGCUAUUUUAGCCGUCAGUUGUGUAUGCAGAGCAAGUACAAGAGGUCAAGCAUUCGCCAAAGAGGCCACCAAGUGCCUGCAGCUUGAAGAUACACGCCCUUCGUUACCAGUUGCCCAGGGUUUAGCACUCAUGUAUGUGUAUGAAAGCGCUUUAGGCGAUGGAGAAACGGCGCUUAGGCUCCAUACGCUUAUGCAGACACGGUACAUGGCCCUUCGGCUGGACGAUGUACAUCGCUCAACCGAUACAGCGAUUGCUGGGUCAAGACAAAGAGCUGAAGCGCAUGCCCUGUCCUGGAUUCAAUGGGGUUUCUACGUGUGGGAUUGGAAGCCAAUGCACGGCCUCUGUCGCCGCCUCGUCAUCAAAAGACCAACACGAGCAAAGACCUGGCAAGAAGAAUCUGCGCCACUGAAUAGACGUGAGAAUCCGGAGUAUUGGUGGUAUCCAUACCCAGUAUCCGCCACACCACAACGAUCGUUCAAGCGCGAGAUUCUUGAGGUCGAGUGCAGCUUUACUGAGAUAACAGAACAAGUGCUUGAGUUUCUCAUUCCUAUAGAAGAUGGAGUUCCAUUGUCUUGCGGCACUGAACGUGCGGCUGAGCUGUACUCGAGUAUCAUGGAGUGGAAGUUCUCGUUGCCUGAAGAACUGAGAGCUGAGAACGCAAAGCUCCCCACUGCUAUACUGUUACACCUCAGCGCCGAUCUUGUUGCCAUCAGCAUCCUCCAGCCUUUUGACCAUAUUCCCAAAUCAACAUUUGGUCCCUUCGACCCGCUCUCAAUGUCCUACGCUCAUGCAACAAACGCCAUGUCAACAAUCUGGCAAUUUCGUGCCCUCUACACUCUACGUAACGAAAACUGGUUCAUCCAAGCCGCUUCCGUCUGUGCCUUCAAAGUCCUUUUCGCCAUUCAGGAAAGCCCUAUUCACCUCGAGACGUUCAUCAAAGCCUGCAGAGCGCUUAUGGAACUUGCUGUGGCUUUUCCCGUCGCAGAGGAAGUUAUUUAUUCGAUUGAAUCGGUAGUUAAGGAAAAGCAGGUGAACAUUUCUUUGUAUGCUAGGGAGUAUCUGCCCAACGGGGCCGGGCAUGGUACUGCAGAGUUGCAAGGUGUCAAGGUUAGAGACCAUAGCGUUACUGUUGAAAAGGCUGAUCCUCAUGAAAGCGCAGGGCGUUUCACGGUGACUGGCCUGCUCUCGGCGUUGGCCCCUUACGAAACAGGGGUGGACUGA